CAGCCUGACCGUGAAACUGACAUAAGUGAAAAGUGAUGUAAAUAAAUAACAAAAUAUAUUAAAAAAAUAGCAGAAAUACAUAUUUUCAUUUUGAUUAUAUUAAAUUUGAAAUAUGAUGGAAGAUCUGAAUGACAAGUUUUAUUAUUUAUAUAGUUCUUCAAUUCCAGAUAAAAUACAAAUUAAAAUGUCAGUACUUCAGAACAGACAUGGUAAUGGAUUUGCUCAUAAAUAUGAAACCUUUGUUUUCAGAGGAACAUUGGAAGGUAAAAGGCAAAAACCAGAGUAUGACAAGCUCCUAGCUGACCCAAUGUUGAAAUAUUCUGGAUUAUAUCAAGAUGAUUGUGCUGACUUGAUGGUAGUAUGCCAGAUUUUCGAUAAAAACAGACCUCUUGCCCUACCAGUUUCAACUUCAUAUAAGGCAUUCACUACCAGAUGGAAUUGGAAUGAGUGGCUGACAUUGCCAGUACAAUUCAAUGAUUUACCUAGAACAGCUCAAUUGGUCAUAUCCAUUUAUGACUGUUUUGGCCCCACUACACUGGGACCUGUAGGUGGAACAACAAUAUCUUUAUUUAGUAAGCAUGGAUUAUUUAGACAGGGUAUGCUGGAUUUGAGAAUAUGGCCCAACAAGGAAGGUGAUGGUAACUAUCCAACUUCAACCCCUGGAAAAGCAAAAAAUGAUGGAAAAGAACAAAUGCAAAGAUUAUCAAAGCUAGCAAAAAAACACAGAAAUGGUCAUAUCACAAAAGUAGACUGGCUUGAUCGCUUAACAUUUAGAGAGCUAGAAAUGAUAAAUGAAAAAGAAAAAAGGUUUUCAGAGUACAUGUAUCUGAUGAUUGAGUUUCCUACAAUAUCUGUAGAUAAUAUACCACAUCACAUUGUAUAUUUUGAGGAGAAUGGGGAAGAGAUUGUGUCAGUAAGAUCACAAACUGACCUAGUAACAGUUCCAGAUCAAGAAAUACUGAAGGAAAACCUCGUGGAAAGCAAACACCACAAACUAGCACGGUCCCUCAGGAGCGGACAUUGCGACAAGGAUGCCAAACCGACCGCUACCAUGCGCAAUAUACUCAACACGAUCGUCUCUUAUCCCCCCACCAAGAACCUCUCGAACGAGGAACAAGACCACGUGUGGAAGUACAGGUUCUACUUGAGCAACCAGAAGAAGGCGUUGGCCAAGUUCCUCAAGUGCGUGAACUGGAACCAGCAUAACGAGGUGAGGCAAGCUCUGCACAUGAUGGAGAUAUGGUCGCCUAUGGACGUGGAAGACGCUUUGGAGUUGCUGAGCUCGAAUUUCACUCAUCCGACCGUCAGGCGAUACGCCAUCUCCAGGUUACAACAAGCUCCAGAUGACGAAAUAUUCCUUUAUCUGCUGCAAUUAGUACAAGCGUUGAAGUACGAGAAUUUCAAAACAAUCCAAGAAGGCUAUGCAAGAAUCUCACCUGGCAGAGAGAUCAACAUCCAAGAGGAUAAGGAAGCGCAGCUGGAGAAGAAGGACAGCAAGGAGAGCAACAGCACCAUCACCAAUGAGUCCUUCCUGCACAGGUCAUCGAGCUACAAUGAAGCCGACCAGAUAGCUUCUUCGAACGUGACCAGCGUGAUCGAGAAUAGCGAUCAGAGGCCCACUAGUCUUCCAGAUAUUCCGCAAAAUCCGAUCACUGAUAGCGGCAACACAGACACUUUGCGCAGCCAGAUGAACGAGGAGGAAGAGAUACAGGAUCUCGCGUCGUUUUUGAUACAGCGAACGUGCAAGAACUUUCUGCUCGCCAACUAUUUCUAUUGGUAUUUGCUGUUGGAGUGCGAGGAUCAAGAAACUAAUUUGAAACAGGAUGUCAGUGAUGAAGCUGUUCGGACCAUGUAUCUAACGGUGAUGAAAACGUUUUCUCAGACUUUAGCCAAAGGCUCCGAUUCCAUGCAAAAGAAAAGACACAUUCUCACCAAACAACAAAAAUUCAUCGACAAACUAGUGAAACUGAUGAAAACAGUAUCUAGAGAGAGCGGCAACCGAAAAAAGAAAGCUGAGAAGCUGCAACAACUUCUAGCUGACCCCGAUGCGUUCAAGUUCAAUUUCUCGAAAUUCGAAACCAUUCCAUUCCCUCUAGAUCCCGAGGUGUUGAUUAACGGCAUCAUCCCUGAAAAAGCCAGCCUCUUCAAAUCGGCCCUGAUGCCCUCCAAGUUGUAUUUCAAGACGGUGAACAAUGAGGAGUACGUAGCCAUUUUCAAACAUGGCGACGAUCUGAGGCAGGAUCAGGUCAUCCUGCAAAUGAUCACUCUGAUGGACAAGUUGCUGAGCAAAGAGAAUUUGGAUCUGAAAUUGACGCCCUACAGAGUUCUCGCCACUAGCACCAAACAUGGAUUCGUACAGUUCAUCGACUCUGUUACUGUUGCUGAUGCCUUGGCAACAGAAGGCAGUAUCCACAACUAUUUCCGCAAACACCACCCCCUCGAGCACGGUCCCUACGGCAUCGCCCCCGACAUCAUGGACACCUACAUCCGCUCCUGUGCCGGCUAUUGCGUCAUCACCUACCUGUUGGGCGUGGGCGACCGCCAUCUCGACAACCUGUUGCUCACGCGGGACGGCCGGCUGUUCCACAUCGACUUCGGGUACAUUCUGGGGCGGGACCCGAAGCCGCUGCCGCCGCCCAUGAAGCUGAGCAAGGAGAUGGUGGAGGCGAUGGGCGGGGUGCAAUCGGAGCACUUCCAGCAGUUCAGGAAGCUGUGCUAUACGGCGUUCUUGCAUCUGAGGAGGCACGCGAAUUUGAUGCUGAACUUGUUCUCGUUAAUGGUGGACGCGAGCGUUCCCGACAUAGCCUUGGAACCUGACAAGGCCGUCAGGAAAGUCCAAGACAAAUUGAGGUUAGAUCUGGGCGACGAGGAGGCCGUACACUACAUCCAGAACCUCAUAGAAACGUCCGUGACUGCCAUUAUGGCGGCGUUCGUCGAGCAGCUCCAUAAAAUUACCCAGUAUAUCAGAAAGUGAGAAUCGUGAUAUUCAUUUCGUAUUGAUGUGGAGGUAUUUAUAUUUUGUAUAUACAUGUACCUAAUAGAGAUAUAGUUUUUUUUUUCUAGACCUGAACUCAAAUAUAGUAAUCGAUUG